AGGGGGCGGUCGGGACUGCAGCCCGGGGUGCGACGGCAACAAGUUGUUACUCUGGAGAGUGAACUAACCGCUGGGUGAACUGCACUUCAAAAGAGCUGUUUCUCCAAGGAUUCAUCCUAAAUGGUUCAGUUUAACCCCAUCGUCCGGGUUCUGGUGCCAUCGAUGUCUCUGCUCAGCGGCCAUGGACCCACACACGAUCUGUGCCGCGAGUGGUGAGGAAGACUGCGGCGCUCUGAGCAGGACGAGGAGGAGGAGGAAGGGCAUCACCUCAGCCUCCCUCAGCGCCAUGGACCAGAUCACCAUCGAGUUCAUCCUGCCCACCACGCCUAAGAACGGCCUCAGCCCGCACACCACUCUGCUGGAGGUGCCCGGGAACUGGACCGUGGAGCAGGUGAAAGCCCAGGUGUGGCUCCGUGCCGUGGCCUCCAACUUCAGCCCAGAUUUCUACCACAAAUUCUCCCCAGACCAUUGCAUCCUGCUGUACAUGAAGAAGGGCACGCUGUGCGAGAUCUACGACAAGCACCAGGUCUUCCAGACGCUGGACUGCAUCCGCUACUGGAGAGCGCUGAAGAAGGACGUGGGCCGGAUCUCGCUGGUCUUCCGGCCCCCCCAGCAAGACGAGGCCCUCCGCUACCAGCGGUUCCUCAACCAGCUGAUUGGCUACGACGUGACGGACGUCAGCAACGUCCACGACGACGAGCUGGAGUUCACACGCCGCAAGCUGCUCACGCCGCGGCGCAACGAACUGCAGGAGCGCGACCCCCGCCUGUACGCUGUGGACCCUUGGUUGACGGACCGGCCCCUCCGGGACCACCUGCUGAGCAAGGUGAUGAACGGACACCUCCUGGUUGUCAUCCACAUCUUCACCACCAGCCAGACCAUCAAGGUGUCCAUCGACAGCACACCUGAACAGGUAUUGGCCAGUGUCUUUGCCAAGACAGCCAAUAAGAGGGCUUUAGUGGGGAUCCCUGAUGAUGUGUGCGAGUCGGAUUUCGUUCUACGAGUGUGCGGCAGGGAGGAGUACUUGUACGGGGACCGACCCCUGCAGGACUUCAGCUGGAUUCGACGGUGUCUGAAGAAUGGGGAGGAGAUCCACCUGGUUCUGGAGAAACUCCCAGACACUGACCUGGACCAGGUACAGAAGGAGGACUGGGCCCAGGUGGAUGACUGCACCGGAGUGGCAGGGACCCAUGAGCAGCUCACCAUCGAUGAGAAGGACCACGAGAGGGUGUUCACCAUCUCCAUGUGGGACUGCAACAGGAAGUUCAGGGUGAAGGUCCUGGGCAUUGACAUCCCCCUGCUGCCCAGGAACCCCGACCUGACGGUCUACAUAGAGGCCAGCAUCUUCCACGGCCAGCAGCUGCUAGCUCAGGAGAGGACAACCUCCAAGCCCUUCAUGGAGGAGGUUCUGUGGAACACCUGGCUGGAGUUUGACAUCAAGAUCAGAGACUUGCCCAAGGGAGCGCGCCUUAACCUACAGGUUUCCUGUGGGAAGACAGCUCCGCCCACAACCUCUAAGGGCUCCAGCUACCAGGACAGUCCUGGAGCAGGAAGCACUGCUGAAGGCAAGAGCAAGACGCGGCUGCAGUAUUACGUCAACCUGCUGCUGGUGGACCACCGCUCACUGCUGCGGCAGGGCGAGUUCGUGCUGCACAUGUGGAAGAUCCCCGAGAAGGGCGAGGAGAGCAGCAGCAGCGUCAACGCCGACAAGCUCACCUCGGCCACCAACCCGGACAAGGCCUCCUCCAUGGCCGUCGCCGUGUCCCUGGACAAGUACUGCUACCCCGUGGUGCUGCCCAAGAGCAGGGACUCCGGGGGCGCUGGUGGAGGAGCCAGUGUUGGUGGUGGAGGAGCCAGUGUUGGUGGUGGAGCCAGUAGUGGUGGAUGUGGGGACUCGGGGGGAGAGGACAGCGGGGAGCCGGGGGGCGAGCGGGGCCAGAGGGAGAUGCCCAACCACCUGAGGAAGCAGUUUGAGGCCAUCCUGGCCAAGGACCCCCUGCACCCGCUGAGCCCCGAGGACAAGGAGCUGCUGUGGCACUUCCGCCACGAGUGCAUGCGCCACCCCCGGGCCUACCCCAAGCUGCUGGCCUCGGUGCGCUGGGGCCGACAGGAGGACGUGCAGGCGGCCCACGCCAUGCUGGAGCGCAGCAGCGCCUGGGACAGCAGCGGUCUGGACGUAGGUCUGGCCCUCCAGAUGCUGGACUGUAACUACUCGGACGCCCAGGUCCGCUCCAUGGCCGUCCGCAAGCUGGAGACCCUGGGGGGCGACGACGUGCUCCGGUACCUCCUGCAGCUCGUACAGGCUGUGAAGUUUGAGCCCUACCACGACAGCGCCCUGGUCAGGUUCCUGCUGAAGAGAGCCCUGAGAAGCAAGCGCAUCGGUCACUUCCUGUUCUGGUUCCUGCGCAGCGAGAUCGUCCAGUCGCUGCACUACCAGCAGCGCUACGCCGUGCUGCUGGAGGCCUACCUCCGGGGCUGUGGGGACGCCAUGCUGACCGACUUCCACAAGCAGGUGGAGGUGACGGAGGCGCUGCAGAAAGUCACGCGGGAGAUGAAGGCCAUGCUGGCAGACAAGUACGACGUGUCCUCACAAGUGGUGUUUCAGCUGCGUCAGACGCUGGAGGCUCUGCAGUCGUCUGGUCUUCCUCAGACCUUCAGAGUCCCUUACGAUCCUGGUCUAAGAGCGGGAACCUUAAUGAUAGAGCAGUGUAAGGUCAUGGCCUCCAAGAAGAGGCCUCUGUGGCUGCAGUUCAAGCGGGCUGACCCCAGCAGCCUCUCCUCCGACCCCAUCGGCAUCAUCUUCAAGGACGGGGACGACCUGCGCCAGGACAUGCUCAUCCUGCAGAUCCUGCUGAUCAUGGAGUCCAUCUGGGAGACGGAGUCCCUGGACCUGUACCUGCUGCCCUAUGGCUGCAUCUCCACGGGCAACCGGAUAGGUAUGAUAGAGAUCGUGAAGGACGCCGCCACAAUCGCCAACAUCCAGCAGAGCGUGGUGGGCAGCCGGGGGGCCUUCAAGGACGAGAUCCUCAACCAAUGGCUGCGCGACAAGUGUGUCAACGAGGACAGGUUCCAGCAGGCGGUAGAGAGGUUCCUAUACUCGUGUGGAGGCUACUGCGUGGCCACCUAUGUGUUGGGUAUUGGGGACAGACAUAACGACAACAUCAUGAUCACAGAGUCUGGGAACCUCUUCCACAUCGACUUUGGCCACAUCCUGGGGAACUACAAGAGCUUCAUGGGAAUCAGCAAGGAGUGGGUUCCCUUUGUGCUCACUCCGGACUUCCUGUACGUCAUGGGAACGGCCGGGAAGAAAAGCAGCCCCCACUUCCAGAAAUUUCAGGAUGUAUGUGUGAAGGCCUACCUCGCUCUUCGUCAUCACACCAACCAGCUCAUCAUCCUCUUCUCCAUGAUGCUCAUGACUGGCAUGCCCCAGCUGACCAGUAAGGAGGACAUCGACUACAUCCGUGAAGCGCUGACGGUGGGCCGCAGCGAGGAGGAGGCAGAGCGCCACCUGCUGGAGCAGAUCGAGAUCUGCAGGGAGAAGGGCUGGAUGGUGCAAAUCAACUGGUUCGUUCACCUGGUACUGGGCAUCAAGCAAGGGGUGGAGAAGCGCUCCACGUAAACCUCCUUACAUCGUACCUCGCACCUUGUUACAUCGUUGCGCUUGUUUUGUACGUUUUAUCAGCGAAGAACUGUGUUUUGCCAGCUAAUUAUAUUAUAAACUUCAGAUUCCUGCUAUGUUUUUUUUUUUUUUUUUUCAUCAGUUGAGCUGAUAAGGUUUGUUUAGAGAGGGUCAUGGAGAGCUUGACAUUUUUUAAUCUCGGAAAUUUGUGUAUGUGCGUUGUUGCUGCUGUUGUUGUUUACUUGAUGACAUCACUUUGAAUGAACGUGAAACAGCUGUCCCGCCCAAUGUAAACUCAGGACAUAUCAUACCCAUCAAACUAAUUUAUUACCAUAUGCCAGGCUCCUGUGAAUGAAUAUCUUUAAUAAUAUUAUUAUGUCAUAUGUAUUAUGUAAUAUCAUGUUGACAUUUUAUAUCUCUUAACUGUACACGUCAAUUCAAUCAAACAUCAGAUAAUCAGAUAUUCUAUAGUUGGAUCUUAUCAUACAAUAUCAGAUUGAAUGUCUGGCAAUUUAUUUUUUACAUAAACCAAUGAUUUAAUUAAUCCAAAUAACGAUUUAAUCCGAUUAUCUUCACUGUGAUCAUCAUAAACAAGACCUUUUGUUAUUUUCUAUUGGUUGAUUGGACGACACAAGCAGAUCUUGCAGUGUUUGUGACAAUCAUUUUGUGACAAUCAGGGGAAUUCUGCCAAAUCAAUAGGCCUAUGUUGAAUGGCAGUUGGAUAGGACUCAAUAGUCACUGCCUUUUGUUGAUGUUUCAAAUUGUCUGUCUGUUGCACUCCAUGUCCUAUAUAAGAUUAUUUUUUCAAAAUAAAUGACAGUCUUGUUAAGGCUGUAUUCAAUGUGUCAUUA